UCCUCGCCGCUGCUCCUCUUCCUUUUCUUGCCAACCUUGCAAAGUGAUUACAGUACCAUCCAAGGCGGAGGAGGAGGAGGAGGGAAGAGGGAGGAGGGAGGGAGGAGAAAGAGGCGGAACUGCCCCCUCCUUUCCUUUCCAAGCCUCUCCGCUGAGAUGAAUCUUUCCUCGAGCCAAAGCCGCUUUGCCCCGUGAACUGUGAGUAUCGAAAGGAACGCGGGAGGAAAGCAAGGCUGGGAAGAAGAAGAAGGAGAAGAAGAGCCUCCCAGUGACAGCUCUGGACUCGAUUGCUCUGAUGCACCGCGAAGUUUCUCCUCCAAAGCAGGAUUGUACGCGUUGAUUUGCCUCCGCUUUCCCCCCACCCCGGAUUGCCAAAGGGACGUCUUCUCGGGCGCUUCUUCUCCUGCCUGGCUGGGAGGCUGAGGGCGAGGAGGAGGAUGUGGCGGCUGCGCCGGCUGCCGGCCCUGGUGCGCUGCUGCGCCUGCUGGCUCCUUCUCCUGCUGCCUCCGCCGCUGGGGCUGGUGGUGCCGGCGUCGGCCAAGCAGGUGCUGCGCUACCGCCUGGCCGAGGAGGGCCCCGCCGACAUCCGCAUCGGCAACGUCGCCUCCGACCUGGGCAUCGUCACCGGCUCGGGCGAGGUCACGUUCAGCCUCGAGUCCGGCGCCGACUACCUCAAGAUCGACAACAUGACGGGCGAGCUGAGCACCACCGAGCGCCGCAUCGACCGCGAGAAGCUGCCGCAGUGCCAGAUGAUCUUCGACGAGAACGAGUGCUUCCUCGACUUCGAAGUCUCCGUCAUCGGCCCUUCGCAGAGCUGGGUGGACCUCUUCGAGGGCCGGGUGGUCAUCCUGGACAUCAAUGACAACACGCCGACCUUCCCGUCUCCAGUGCUGACGCUCACCGUGGAGGAGAACCGCCCCGUGGGCACUCUCUACCUCCUUCCCACCGCCACUGACCGCGACUUCGGGCGGAACGGAAUCGAGCGCUAUGAGCUGCUCCAAGAGCCCGGCGGUGGUGAGGGGCGGCGAGGCGCCUCAGAUAAGAGGAGGCCCGAAGUAGAAGGAGGUGGAGGCUCCUCGACGGCCCGGAGCACCGUCUUCGAGCUGCAAGUUGCAGACACCCCCGACGGGGAGAAGCAGCCCCAGCUGAUUGUCAAAGGGCCUUUGGAUCGAGAGCAGCGCGACGCCUAUGAGCUGAGCCUCCGCGUGCGCGACGGUGGAGACCCAGCUCGCUCUUCGCAGGCCCUGCUGAGGGUGCUGAUCACCGACGUGAACGACAACAGCCCCCGCUUCGAGAAGAGCGUCUACGAGGCCGACUUGGCGGAGAACAGCAGCCCUGGGACGCCCAUUUUGCAACUGCGGGCCGCCGACGCUGACGCUGGGGUCAACGGGCAGCUGGAGUACGUCUUUGGGGCGGCCACGGAGUCAGUGCGUCGCCUUCUCCGCCUGGACGAGGCCUCGGGCUGGCUCAGCGUCCUCCACCGCAUCGACCGCGAGGAGGUCAACCAGCUGCGCUUCAGCGUCAUGGCGCGCGACAGGGGCCAGCCCCCCAAGAGCGACAAGGCCACCGUGGUGCUCAACAUCCGCGACGAGAACGACAACGUCCCCGCUAUUGACAUCCGCAAGAUCGGACGCAUCCCUCUGCGGGACGGGGUGGCCACAGUGGGCGAGGACGUGCUGGUGGACACCCCGGUGGCGCUGGUGCAGGUCUCGGACCGCGACCAGGGCGAGAACGGGGUGGUGACCUGCACGGUGGUGGGGGACGUCCCCUUCCAGCUCAAGCCGGCCAGCGAGGGCGAGGGCGAGCCCCAGAACAAGCGCAAGUACUUCCUGCACACCUCAGCGCCCCUGGACUACGAGGCAGCGCGGGACUACAACGUCGUCAUCGUCGCCGUCGACUCUGGCAGCCCCAGCCUCUCCAGCAACAACUCGCUUUUGGUCCGAGUGGCGGACGCGAAUGAUAACCCUCCCGUCUUCGGCCAGGCCCUGUUGGAGCUCUCCUUCCCGGAGAACAACGCGCCGGGAGAGCGUGUGGCGACCAUCCUGGCCACCGACGCCGACAGCGGCAAGAACGCGGAGAUCGCCUACUCCCUGGAGCCGCUCCCCGCUUCCUCUUCCUCCUCCGAGGCGGGCCUCUUCACCAUCGACCCGGACUCGGGCGAGGUGCGCGUGCAGGCGGCGCUGGACCGGGAGCAGCGCGACGCCUACGAGUUCCAGGUGACGGCGCGCGACAAAGGGACGCCCUCGCUGCAGGGCUCCACGCGGGUGCUGCUCCGCGUGGCCGACCGCAACGACAACGAGCCGCGCUUCAUGCAGGACGUCUUCACCUUCUACGUCAAGGAGAACCUGCAGCCCAACAGCCCCGUGGGCAUGGUGACCGUCAUGGACGCCGACAAGGGCCGCAACGCCCAGCUCAGCCUCUCCAUCCAGGGCGAGGGCGAGAGCGGGAUCUUCUCCAUCGAGAACGACACGGGCACCAUCUUCUCCGCCGUCUCCUUCGACAGGGAGAUGCAGACGAGCUACACCUUCGCCGUCAAGGCGGUGGACGGCGGCGAGCCGGCCCGCUCCGCGACGGCCACGGUGUCGCUCUUUGUGAUGGACGAGAACGACAACGCGCCGGUGGUGACGGCGCCGGCCAAUGGCUCCUACACGGUGCUGCCGCCCUCCAGCCUCCCGCGCGUGGCGGUGGCCACCGUGCGGGCGCGCGACGCCGACGCCGGGCCCAACGCCGAGCUGAGCUACAGCCUGGUGGGCGGCAACCCUUUCCGCCUCUUUGAGAUCGACGCGGCCAGCGGGGUGGUCUCGCUGGUGGGCCAGUUGGCGCCCAAGCACUACGGGCUCCACCGCUUGGUGGUGCAGGUCAACGACAGCGGGGCGCCGGGCCAAGCCACCACGGCCCUGCUCCACGUCUUCGUCAACGAGAGCUUAGCCAACGCCACGCUGGUGGAGAGCCAGGUGGCGCGCAGCCUCCACACGCCGCUGGGCCAGGACAUCGCCGGCGACCCCAGCUACGAGCUGGGCAAGCAGCGGCUGAGCAUCGCGGUGGGCGUGGUGGCCGGCGUGGUGACCGUGGCGCUGCUCCUGCUGGGCGUGGGCCUGGCCCGCUACUGCCGCGCCAAGGCCCACCAGCGCGGGGGCUACGAGGCCGGCAAGAAGGACCACGAGGACUUCUUCGCCCCCGCCCCGCUCCACCACCACGACAAGGCCAAGAAGCCCAAGAAGGACAAGAAGGGCAAGAAGGCGGCCGGGAAGCAGCCCCUCUACAGCAGCAUCGUCACCGUCGAGGCCUCCAAGCCCAACGGACAGCGCUACGACGGCGUCCACGAAAAGCUGGCCGGGGACAGCCCCGCCCUCAGCCGCUACCGCGCCGUCAACGGCGGGCCCGGGGGCAGUCCCGACCUGGCGCGGCACUACAAGUCCAGCUCGCCCCUGCCCACCGUCCAGCUCCACCCGCAGUCGCCUACCGCCGGGAAGAAGCACCAGGCUGUGCAGGAGCUGCCCCCCGCCAACACCUUCGUCGGCGCCGGGGACAACAUCUCCAUCGGCUCCGACCACUGCUCCGAGUACAGCUGCCAGGCCAGCAGCAAGUACAGCAAGCAGGUGGAUACAAUGCAGACUACGCAGCCCCCUCGCCACAUUGAGGAAUCGUGUAAAAUGAAUCCAUUCCGUAGAGUGACGUUUUCAGUUGUGAGUCAGCCCCAGGACCCACAUCAAGGGUCAUUGCAGAGUUGCUAUGACAGCGGUCUGGAGGAGUCAGAAACACCAAGCAGUAAGAGUUCUUCAGGGCCGAGGCUGGGUGCCCUUCCACUCCCAGAGGACAACUACGAAAGGACUACGCCGGAUGGCAGUGUUGGUGAGGCAGAGCAUAUGGAAAAUGAUGAUUUCUGUGCAGCCCUGGCUCCAGGAUUGGGCUUUUCAGCCUGGGGAAAGACACAUAGCUCCGAUUCAAGACCUUUACCAGAUGUCGCCCUGACUGGGAAGUGUACUCGGGAAUGUGAUGAGUACGGCCAUUCAGAUUCUUGCUGGAUGCCUGUCCGCACCUCACCUGAACGAAAGCCGAAAAGCCAGCCAAAACUCUCCACUUUCAUGCCUGUUGAUGAACGGGGCAGUCAAGAGAAGCUGGCCAAUGGAGAAGCCUCCCUGAUGGGUGACCGCAACAGAAACCUCCUUAACAAAAAGUUGACCUCAUCCUAUGAGACCUUCAGUCCAGCCAGUUUCAGCAAAAGUGAGGAAGCCAAUCCUGAGGAUAUUCCCCUCACACAGACAGGGGAAUACAAGCCAUCUCCCGUCAAUACUUUAACUAGAAGAGAAGUUUACCUUUAGGCUCUGAAGAAAUGACAACAAUGUUCUCUCGUAUAUUAAAGGAGGACAAAAGGCAAAAACCUAUAAAUCAAAACAAUUUAAACUCAAAAACAAAAAAAUAGAAUAAAGGGAAGUCUAUCGGAAAGGGGGCUACCAAAGAGACAAAAGCUUGGCCUGCCACUUCUGCCUCCGUGCCAGGCAUUUACGUAUCCUGUCUGCCUGACUCUACUGUACAAUGUAGAAACCAUUGUUGCUCCUGCAUGCCUAAUUCCCUGCUCACCAAUCUUUAAUUUUCCUAAAUUUCUGGUUGUAAAUUCCUUUCAAGGUAACACAUCUGACAUGGAAAAACAAAACAAAACAAAAGAACCUCAGAAACUGUUGUUACCCCCCUCCCCACUGCUAAAGCAUUGUUUAAGCCACUUCAAUUCUCAUUUGGUGGUCAUCUGGCUUGUUGGGAAUAGCAGGUCAGAGGGAAAAAUAAAAUUCUUAAAUAUGUAUGUGAACAUAUAUAGUCAACUCCCCAAGAAAUCAUCUGAAUAUUGCUGGUUCCCAUCAAAGAUAAGCCUUCAGAAACCAUACAAACAUAAAUAACUAGAGGGACAUUUUUUAAAGAGCACCUCUUUUUUUUUUUUUGGAAGAUCACAACUUAUAUAUUGUCCUGUGGCUGGAAACAACAGAAAACAUAUUCAGCCUGAAAUUAUAUUCCAAAUUAGGACAUGUUCUCUAUAAUCCUGAACUGUGGGUUAAUUUUUCAUCCAUAAAACAACUGCUAUCUUUCUUGUCCUCUUUCUAUCAUUCUUUUCCAUCUCCUCUUUCUCUAUCCGUUCCUUCAUCCCCCUCCCCCCAUCACCAUUUUUUGCAUAACAAAUAGUAUGAUGGUAUAUAUCAUCACAUACUAAGGAUCAAUUGCUAAACUGGUGUCAUUUUUUCCAGACCAACUUUUAGCUUGGAUGACCAUAGUGAUUAAAAGGCCAAAGAACAUACUGCUAUGGAUCAGGGGAAUUACUUAUUAGUCUUGGCUUAUAAAAAAUGACACAGACACACACAAACACAUAAGCAUAUUUUUCCACAUGCAUUUGCACAGCAGUUUAUGCGGCAAGCCCAGACAAUGUAGUUGUUUUCCAAAUGGAUUUUAGUUGAGUGCCCAAUGGAACUGAUAAAAGGCACUUGCUGGUAACAGCAUUAUAACAUCAUAAGCUACAGUUCUAGAUUUUAUUUUUCUUAGAAGGUUUCAAAUUCAUCCCGGAAGCUGUGUUGAUGAGCUCCAAGACAUGUUGAGAGGGGAAUCUGAAAGAACAGUGCGAUGAAGGCAGUGGGAAGAACAUGCUUCAAGUCAAGUAUGACGCCAUCUUUGCUGAAAGUGGAUACCAACCCUUGGGUUACCAGCGUUCCAGGUUAAUCAUUUGCUUUUGGCAAAGGUAUUAUGCAGGUUUUCUUAAAACACAAGUGCAUUUAAGCUGACUCCUGUGCAAUAUAAAACCAAUGUUGAGACUCAAGGUGGCCAGUAGUCUUCACUGUUGUCACCGCCAACAUGCUCUGUGCAAAAUAGUUUUGUUUGUGACAAGUUACAAAGAAUCCAGACCUGAUCAUGACGGUGCAGAUUUCUGAGCUUGUGACAGUUCUCAUAGUUUGCACUAUAUGAUGUGGAUGAGAAAAUGGACCAGAUAUAUUUUGUGCAAUAAAAAGUAACGGAGUGUGUAGAAUCUGGGGUAGUUCUGUAUUGGAAAUGAAAUAGUAAUAAAGAAUGGCUGAGCAUGGACAUUCAAAUGAAACUGACAAUCGUUCAAUGCAGUGGGGACAGCUUGAGAAAGGGUGCAAAGAGAAGCCAGCCCCUCUGGUUGUUUAACUUGGCAUUAAAGCAUGACUAGGUGGUUCUAGUAAAAUGUAGUGACAAGAUAGCUUGGGUAGUUUCUUGCUUUAAAAUUUACGUAGAAUAUAUUGUUAAACAGUCUGAAAAUUAUGGGCUGAUUGACUGGUACAAACUCACCACAGCUUUUGACUUUUGAAUUCUUAAUAGCAAAGUGCCCUUUUUCAUUGUGCAUCUUCCUCCAAUUUCUGUUUCAUUUGGCUUUUAGUUUGUGCGUAGCAGUAAAAAAAUGGAAACAUAUUUGAAGGAGAAAACAGUUACAAAGAGAAAUGAUUUAUCAUGCUAAUGCAUCUUUUUUUAAAAAAAAAUCAGAGAUGCAAAUUAUGAUUUUAUAAGGUGACUGACCUAAUGAGUUACUGUAUUUAUAUAACAUUAAGGUAUCUGUUUGGGGGUAAAAUGUUUCUCAAUAUAUUUACAUAAAAGUUUAUACAUUUCUUGCAGGUUUCAGUGGAGAACACAAUUGCAUAACUCCAGUGGUCAGCAGAGCUUUAUUUAUUUUUAAAUCCUAAUACACUGAAUAUACAGUUGAGAGCCACUAAAUAAGAGAAAUCUAAAAGAAUUAUUUCUCUUUUAAAACCUCUUUUUCUAGAAAGCCAAUACAGGUCAAAGAAGGCCUUCAGGAUUAACUGGAUCAGCCACUACUCCCAAUUUUGUGUACUCUAUAAAGAGAAAUCAUAUACUUGAGUGAUUUAUUUAAUUUACUCAUAGAACUAAGAUGGGCACAAAAGAAUAACAGAAAAUACAGUGUACUUGUAUGUAUUUGAGGUAAUUCUAGUAAAAUCUAGCCAUCAAAACAUAGUCAAUUGCUUCUUAUGACCCAGCAUGAGACACAAAUAUAUUUUUGUGUGUUUUUGUUUGUUUGUUUGUUUUAAAAUUAGUUCAAUCUGGUGACACUCCUUAUAUAGAGUGCUUUUAUAAAAAAACAAUAAAAUGAAAUGAAAAAUUUUAGCGUGAAUGCAAAAUAUGCAACUGUGCCUUUUAUACCUGUUGUUAUGGUAAAAAUGGUGGUUGGGGUUGGACACUGAAAAUUAAUGGGCUAUUCCCACCUUUUUGAACCUGUAUAUUUAACCAUGUUUAUUUUCUGAGAAAUGAAAAAAAUGAUAUAUUUAAAAAUGCCUUCUACCAAACUCAGAUAAUGGACCAGUCUUAAAUAUGAAUCAUAAUUUUUUAAAAAUGAGGGGAGGGACGAAAAAAGACGUGGUUUUGGGCUGGGGCAUUUGCUAACUCAAAAAGUGAGAUCAUAUACAUCUCUGUGGCAAGAUGUUAUAAGUCUGUUUAGCAGAGAAAUUGAUGAUUUAUUGGGUUUUUAAAAAAUGCUAUUAGCAACCAUUUUGUUUUUAUUUCAUACACCAGAGUCCAAUAUUGUUUGUUUGCUUUUUUAAUUUCAGAAGGAACUCUAAGGAGCUCUGCAUGCAUUUUACAUUGGACACAUUUCUAGAUUGCCGCAUUACUUAUGUAACUUUAUAUGAAUUAGAAAAUGUCCGUAUUAACUACUGUCUAAACUCUAAUGCUCAUUCCAACCUCCAGAUAUGCUAAUAUUUAGUCAAUAUAAUUUCUGACUGGCCUGCUGCCUGAGUUUUAGAAAACAAGGUAGAUGUUAUUUUUCUGUGGGGAGAAAACUCAAAUGAGAGAUUGAAGGUGCUUGGCUGAAAGACUACCCUGGGAAGUUGUCCUAUAGGAAAGCAGAAAUGUAGGAAAAUGGAGAGAGCGAGGUAAAAUGAAACUACCAUAAAUACAGCCAUCACUAAAAGACUUCUUUGGCAUUGGAGCAUUGAAGAUGGGGACAGUUUUGCUUAUGUUCCAUCAGUGAUAAAGAUCCAUUGUUUCCUUAAGUGCUGAAUGAGAGGAGAUGGACCAUGGUAGAGAUGAACCUAAUCCCAACAUUUAAGUUGGGGCAGUUGCUUGAAGAGCAUUAUACUUGGAAGAAGGCAUCAUUUUCCAGCUACCUGGGGUACACUUUCAGACAUUUCUUUUCCUGAAUUUUGAAGCACUUACAUUCAGUGUGGUUACGAUCUGUUUGUAAUAUUAAUCAUUGACUAUUGUUCUGCAACUUGGAUGUUGAUAGUGAAGCAGAGAACAACUUAUCAUUGUUUAUUAUGAGUCACUAUGCACGCAACUAUGCUAAAAAAAGAAACAUGGCAAAAAUGUAUUCAACGCUAGUCCACCUCUAUUUAUGAAAGAUUUUGCAUAAUUUAAUUUGCUUUUGUACAGUUUUAUGUAAAUAAAUUGCUUGUCAUUUUUGUCUCUGCAAAUUAAAAUAUAACAUGUUCAAAUGA